UUGGAAAAAGAGUGAUAACAACCCUAACCGGGUAUCUUCCCUGCUUGUAUAGGUCUGUAAACAUGCUCAGUCAACACUUAGUACGUAAUGCUAGGUAGAAUCUGCUACCUGAACUUGGGUAGGACAAGACGGGCUAGCUGGAUGGGAGAUGUUGGCUGUGGGACCCUGAGCUUGCAAUGUGCCACUCCUCUGCAGAGCCCCCAUCUGGGACUGCACAGUAAGCAGAGCUUUUUACCCAGACCCCCGCCCCCAUGUGGCCUCCAGUGCUGGGCUUGGACGCUGUUGUGACAGAGCAGGGGUCUGGCUGUCCACUAGACACCCUGAAUCCAAGGGACAGUGGAACCAGGUAAGGCUCUGUCUAGAGCCAUGGAUCUCAACAUGUGGAUCGAGACUCCUGGGGGUGUUGUGCGACCCUUUCACAGGGGUUGCAUAUCAGAUGUUUACAUUACAAUUCCUAACAGCAAAAUUACAGCUAUGAAGCAGCAACAAAAGUAAUUUUAUGGUUGGGGGGUCACCACUACAUGAGGAACUGCGCUAAAGGGAACAAGCACAGCGUUAGGAAGGUUGAGAACCCCUGGCCUAGAGUCUCCGGUUGUCUUACCAUGGGUGAGAACAUUGCCAAGGCCCUUCUGCCAUUGGCCUUAGCCGUCCCCUACAGGCAGGGCAAGUAGUCCUUUUCUCCCACACAGAGCAGCUGAGGCUAUUCAGGGUGAGGCCACAGGACUUAGGUGACUAGCACUUCCCCUUCCCUGUUCCCUUUCUCUGCCAGGUCUCAGUCCCUUUGGUCCUGAUUUCUGCCUUAAUUCUUCUCAGAGCUCAGUGGUCGUUUCCCCAGAACCUCCAUUCUGCUCAGAUUCUCCUUCUCCCUUGGCAUGUUAUGUGGGGCUGUUGCUGCUGUGGAUUGGAUGCAGCGGACAGCUGUUUGGCGACUACCUUCUCUGCUUACCUCCUUUCUAUGAAGCUUUGUCCCUGCCUUGUGAGAGUGUAGUUCAGUGUGAGAGUGCUUUGCCCCAGGUGCAUUUGGACAGGAACCUGCAUGCACACACACACACACACACACACACACACACACACACACGCUGUCUGCCCACUUGUUUGCUCUUGGUUUCAUUCCACCCUGUCUUACCUGUUUUUGUCAACAUCUUUUCUCCUGGGCUUAGUUUGGCUCAGACUCUGAAUGUGGGGCUUCCAAAGCCUUUUCUCUCCCUAUGCCUCUGGGCUGUCUUGUCAUGUGCUUGUUUCCUGGGCAGAUGGUAAUCUCACUCUAAGGCUGAAGUCCAAGGUAAACAGUUGGUAAAUCAUGAGCUUCCCCACCCUGGUUCUCAUUCCAAACUGCCUCCACUAAUGUUGGUGAUUUUCUGGGCUCUGUUUGUUACGUUGUGUGACACAAGAUGUCCCAUAACUGUCACAUACAUGCAGCAAAGGCAAACCCUCCCUUACCGAUGCUUCUGCCUCCCCUUCCCAAGUGCUAGAACUACAGGGUACGACCACAAACGUCAAUCUCAAUGUUUUCAUUUCUUUGUUUCUAUCUCGGCUUUGCGUGUCAGACCCUCUGUUAGCUACGGUAGAGAGAGUUGGUCUCCGCAGUGGAAGAACUCACCCACGCCCCUUUUUCUUUUUUUAAACUCUGUUGGGACAGGCCGUUUUGACCUCAACAAAGAUGGCCAGUUCAGCUUUGCCUAGGUCCACGUCCUUACCUCUGCUGCGUGUGUGCCCUCACUUGUGAUGGGGCCUCCUUGCUCGGCCAAAGCCCCUCCCGGUUUUCUCACUCGGCCGGUCAGGUCCCGUCGCGUAGUUCCGGAGGGGGCUGGCCCUGGCCUCUCAUUGGUGCGGCUCAGCCUGGCUGCGCAGACAUUGGCUGGGCGGACGCACACCCUCCCCACCUUAGAGCUGAGGAGGGCGGUAGUGCAGGCUCUGGAGGGGCGGCCGGGAGGACGCGGCAUGCGCACAGGUUGUGGGGUUCGGGGUGACCCUAGAGGGGCGGAAACUCAGGUCCGGUGCGGAACACUUGGUGGGAUCUGGAAACGGAAAACCAGGUCCCUGGCUGGGAUGGAGACCCAGACUCGGGGCUGCGUUGUGGCCCUGGGGUAGGGGUACGCACCAGGGACCUACUGAAAGGACGGCCGGGAACCUGUGGAUGGAGGCCCAGAUCUGGAGUCCCGGGAGACCGAGACCCAACCCAGAAAGGAGCAUGUAUAAGGACGCUGAUUUGAGGGAGGUUUGAAGGUGGGCUAGAUACCUGGGCAUUAAGGAAGCGGCCCGCGGCAGCGGGCAGAGGUAGAUCCCGAGGGAUAGUCUCCAUGGGGGUGUGUCCCAGGCUGCUGUGAGCCUGAGAAAGGUGACAGCAGGUCAGUUGGGCGACUGGAUAAGCCUGCCCAAAGGUGAGCAGUUAAGAGGUUGGACCUUCUGCAGAGCAGACGGCACUCAGCCCUGGCUCUCACCCUCUUCUCCAAGAGAAGGCGGCCCACCAGUCAGAGGCUGGAGCGGGAGCUGACCACAAGCCAAGGGUCUAGAAGUGCUUGGACAGGGCUAAGGUCAUCAUGGCCCCACCGCCACUACUGCCAUUGGCUUCCAGUACUCCAAUCCUGCACGGGGAGUUUGGUUCCUACCCAGCCCGUGGCCCACGGUUCGCCCUCACCCUCACAAUGCAAGCCCUGCACAUACAGCGGCUGCGCCCAAAGCCAGAAGCCCGGCCCCGAGAUGGCCUGGUCCCGCUGGCAGAGGUCUCAGGCUGUGGCACUCUGCAGAGCCGCAGCCCCUCAGACACUGCAGCCUACUUGUGUGUCUACACCUACCCACGGGGCCGGCGCGGGGGUCGGCACAGAGCUACUCGUACCUUCCGGGCUGACGGGGCCGCCACUUACGAGGAGAAUCGUGCAGAGGCUCAGCGCUGGGCAACUGCCCUCAUGUGUCUCCUUCGAGGAGUGCCUCUGUCUGGGGACCAGGAAAUCACCCCUGAACUACUGCCCCGGAGGCCCAGGCUGCUCAUAUUGGUUAAUCCUUUUGGGGGGCGGGGCCUGGCCUGGCAGCGCUGUAUGGACCACGUGGUGCCCAUAAUCUCCGAAGCUGGGCUGUCCUUUAACCUCAUACAGACAGAACGACAGAAUCAUGCCCGUGAGCUGGUGCAGGGGUUGAGCCUACGUGAGUGGGAAGGCAUUGUCACUGUCUCCGGAGAUGGGCUGCUUUAUGAGGUGCUGAACGGGCUCCUUGAUCGCCCAGAUUGGAAAGAUGCCGUUCGGAUGCCCAUUGGGGUCCUCCCCUGCGGUUCCGGCAAUGCACUAGCUGGGGCGGUUAACCACCAUGGCGGGUUUGAGCCGGCUGUCGGUGUUGACCUGCUGCUCAACUGCUCUCUGCUUCUCUGCCGCGGUGGCAGCCAUCCUCUGGACCUGCUCUCCGUCACGCUAGCCUCAGGAUCCCGCUGUUUUUCCUUCCUGUCAGUGGCCUGGGGAUUCUUGUCAGAUGUGGACAUCCACAGCGAGCGUUUCAGGGCCCUGGGUAGCGCUCGAUUCACACUGGGUGCAGUGCUAGGCCUGGCCACAUUGCACACCUAUCGUGGACGCCUCUCCUACCUCCCCGCUACCACAGAGCCAGCCUUGCCCAUCCCAGGCCACAGCCUGCCUCGAGCCAAGUCAGAACUAGCCUUGGCCCCAGCCCCAGCCCCAGCCGUCACCCACUCACCCCUACAUCGUUCAGUGUCUGACCUGCCCCUGCCUCUGCCCCAACCUGCCUUGGUCUCCCCUGGCUCCCCUGAACCCCUACCUGGCCUUUCCCUCAAUGGUAGUGGCCCAGAGCUGACUGGGGACUGGGGGGGAGCUGGGGAUGCACCUCUGUCCCCAGACCCACUGCUGCCCUCGCCCCCCAACUCUCCCAAAACAGCUCAGCUUUCACCCAUCACCGAAGGGCCCCCGGAAAUGCCAGCGUCCUCGGGGUUCCCGCCUCCCACCUCCAGCGCUCCAAAAGUCUCUACCUGGGGCCCAGAGGACCACCUUCUUCCUCCCCUCGGCUCUCCACUGCCCCCAAACUGGGUGACAAUAGAGGGGGAGUUUGUACUCAUGUUGGCCAUCCUGCCCAGCCACCUCAGUGCAGACCUGGUGGCCGCCCCCCAUGCUCGAUUUGAUGAUGGCGUGGUGCACCUGUGCUGGGUGCGCAGUGGCAUUUCACGGGCUGCGCUACUCCGUAUUUUGCUGGCCAUGGAGCACGGGAACCACUUCAGCUUGGGCUGCCCGCACCUGGGCUAUGCUGCAGCUCAUGCCUUCCGCCUCGAGCCACUCACGCCUCGGGGCGUGCUCACUGUGGAUGGGGAGUUAGUGGAGUACGGGCCAAUGCAGGCACAGGUGCAUCCCAGUCUCGCCACACUGCUCACUGGGCCUGCGGGCCCAAAGCGGUAAACCUAAAGGAGCCUGAAACAUGCCAUGGUGGGACUAGAGCACCAUAGGAUGUGGCCUGGCUUUUAUAGGUAGAAGCAGGACCGGGUUCAGAAUAGCGAGAGUGGGGAUUGGGUCUGACAUAGCAGUUGGGGGUGGGGCCUUGCCUUCCUCGCUGUCCAAUGAUGGGGCCUGGAAUGUAUGAGCUAGCAAGGCCUCAGCUCAUUGGCCAGCCAGGGUUUCUUCUUGCUUACUCCGGUGCCUCCACUUGACUGGCCAAUCAGCCCUUGAGGGGCAGGUUCCCCCAGGCGGUCCCCAGGAUUUGCACUAAUGGUCCGCCCCUUGCCGGUGAGGGGUGGGGGAAUUCACUUCUCAUGUUAUGUCUUGUGUGUCCCUGGUCUAAAAAGCAAUUGAAAAGGUCUAUGCAAUAAAGGCGUCGCUUUCUUCUUCGCCCCUUCCA